AAGAGGGUUAGUUAUUGGCCGAUAUCGAGUAUUUAAUAAUAACACAGCGAACGAUUUUUAUAUAGAGAUCGUCGCGCGGAAAUAGAUAUUUUUCCGAGCGUUUGUUGCAGAAGCUAGGGUUACCUGCCUUCCGUUUUGCCUUGUUAGGAAAAGGCUAACAGAAGAACGUCAGAGAUAGCGGCAACGCUUACGAAGUUAACGUUAAAUCGAGUAUUAUUUUGCUUAACUUGACGGGUAGUGAGCAAUAUUAGCACCCAACUCUUGUUUUUAUCCUGCAUUUGUAGUCUGAGACAGAAAGAGCGAGAGGGUUCGUCCAUUUUAGCAGGACAACAAUGUCUACAUCCAACGCCAAUUUCAAAAACAAGUGUGUGACACAGGUGAACUGCAUCUUUUGUGACAGUCUGCUCUGCACAAGAGGCAUGAAAGCAGUACUUCUUGCAGAUACGGAGGUUGAGCUGUUUUCGACUGAUAUACCCCCCAAUAGAACUGUUGAUUUCGUGGCCAGCUGCUAUUCUACUGAAAGCUGCAAAUGCAAACUGAGAGACAUCGCAUGUCUCAAAUGUGGUAAUGUGGUGGGCUAUCAUGUUGUAGCCCCGUGUAAACCCUGCCUUCUUUCCUGUAACAACGGCCAUUUCUGGAUGUUCAACAGCGAUGCUGUAUCUACACUCAAUAGAGUGGAUGCGACUGGUGUGAAUCUGCUCUUGUGGGGAGAUCUUCCCGAGCUGGAUGACAGUGAAAACGAAGAAUCGACAAGCCCAUCAGAGGAGGAAUGCAUUAGGUAGAGAGGGAAACUGACAAUGUGAGAGACCCAGAGCACCAACAUUUUAGAGGUGGAGCUAAAA